UAUUGUUGAGUUUCUUAAAAAAGACAAGAUAAAUAAAAAUAAGAAAAAGCAAAGCAUCGAACAAGUGCAUUCAUAGCUUAACAACUAAGCCCUCCCCUCUCUCUCUAUACUACUCAAGUCUGGGCACAGCCUGCAUUUUAGACAUUGUAGAAGCUUCUGUUUUCAAGCAUCUUUCUAAUUGUUUUAAAGGUUUUCUUGUUUAAAAUGAAUGCGCACAGUGAAGAUAAGCUGCAGGUGUUAUAACUGAAACUAGUACUGCUAACUGGGAGGACUGGCUGCAAGCUGCUGAAAAACCAGUAAAGCUGUCGCUGGUUAGAAAAAAAAGUUUGUGAAAGUGGCCUGACGUCACACUCCCAUAAUGCUUACCGCCCCAUAACUCCGCUGCAGCCUGAGGAGAGCCAGACACACUCUCAGGCCCCGAAUAUAGAAAAAUUAUUGGGAAAAAUCGGAAAAAAUAUCCAAGCAACAGAUCGGGAGGAGAAAAGAGCGUGGAGCGGUGGCGUGGGCUCUCCCACAGCGGGUUUUUGGUCCGGUCCGGGAUGGGAGGCUACCGGGAGUCCUUGUGAAAUUGACUAAUGCGAUGCUGGAAACUUUCUGCACUGUAAAGAUGCAAAGCAGUAUUUCCCACUCACCACCAACCAUAGCUGUUGGGACUGGGUGAGCACCAGAGUGAAGGAGAGGAGCGUCUAAGGAAGAGGCAAGAAAGAUUUUCACUAACAGAUUUUGGUUUACCUCGAUGUUUCCUGUGGCUCAUUGGCUCUUUCUGUGAUCAGAUCUGUGUUGUCUUCUUUUUCAACAACCCCCGACCUGCAACUUCCCAAGUUGAGCCUGGGAGGCAGGGGAGCUACAAGUGAAUUUUCAUGGCAGCGGCACUCUAGGGCUGCCAUGGCAGCUGCUGCCGCCGAUGCCUCACACCGUAUUACCGCACUGACGCCGGAGGAAGAGGGACGACGGACUGCUGCCAAGCUGUUUGGGAGCGCCGCCCCACUGCCCCUGACAGAAAGAGAGAGAGAGCGAGACAGGGAGAAAGAGAGAAAGAGGGAGGAAGGAGGAGAAGAGGUGGGGAGAGCAAGUGGGAACGAGUGUUUGGUGUGUGGGGCUCUGUUCACCUCACCAGAGAAGCUCCGGCUCCACGCCUUGAGUCACACAGGAGAGAAACCCUUCCACUGCUCACAUCCACACUGUCCCAAGGCCUUCAGCUCCAAAUACAAACUCUUCAGGCAUAUGGCCACACACUCUCCGCAGAAGACCCACCAGUGCUCAUUCUGUGAGAAAAUGUUCCACCGCAAAGACCACCUGAAGAACCACCUGCAGACCCAUGACCCCAACAAAGAGGCCUUCAAGUGUGAGGAAUGUGGGAAGCACUACAACACCAAGCUGGGAUACAAGCGCCAUGUGGCCAUGCACUCCGCCACGGCGGGGGAUCUCACCUGUAAAGUGUGCAUGCAGAGUUACGAGAGCACACCUGUUCUCCUGGAGCACCUUAAGAGCCACUCUGGGAAGUCCUCAGCCGGUACUAAGGAGAAAAAACACCCAUGUGACCACUGUGACCGGCGUUUCUACACACGGAAGGAUGUGAGAAGACAUAUGGUGGUCCACACAGGCCGAAAGGACUUCCUAUGCCAGUACUGUGCCCAGCGUUUUGGCAGGAAGGACCAUCUGACGCGCCAUGUGAAGAAGAGCCACUCGCAGGAGCUGCUGAAGAUUAAGACAGAGCCUCCCGAUAUGCUAGGUCUCUUAGCUACGGGCUCUCCGCCCUGCUCAGUGAAGGAGGAGCUCAGCCCCAUGAUGUGUGGCAUGGGGCCCAACAAAGACCCCAUGAUGGGUAAACCGUUCCCUAGUGGGGCACCUUUUCCAAUGGGCAUGUACAACCCCCACCAUCUCCAGGGCAUGUCAAAUUCUGGGGUGGGUCACCCACACCCAUCUCUGAUGCCAAGCUCCUUGUCUGCCGCUAUGGGCAUGGGUUGUCAUAUGGAAUCUCCUGCAUCUCUUCACCCACACUCCCAUCAUCAUCACCAUCACCACCACCAUCACCAUCACCACCAUUCCCCUCCACUGCCCCCCCACCAUCAACCUCCGGCUCCCCAGCAGCAGCACCAGCCCCAGCCAGCGCCCAAGUACCAGCUGGGAUCUACCUCAUACCUGCUGGACAAGCCCUUGAAAGUGGAGAUGGAGAGCUUCCUCAUGGAUCUGCAGAGUGGCUUGCCAGGCCCAGUUCCCUCUGCAGAGCCCCACGCUGCUGCUUCACCCCCCAAGGAUGGACUGGAGCCCGCCACGGGCCUGGCGGAUGAGCUCUGCGGGGAUCCCCUUCUGUCUAAGAGCCCUGCAGUGAUCGCUGAGUCUCUGUGUGCUGCUAACAUGGACUUCUCCCACCUGCUGGGUUUCCUGCCCAUCAACCUGCCUCCCUACAGUGCCCCCAUGAGCACUGGAGGGCUAGUCAUGGGUUACACCUCAUCUGCGACCUCCUCAACUUCCUCUUCUUCCUCUUCAUCGUCUCUGCACACUGCUGAGCCCCAUGCUGCAGCAGUUGCAGCGGCAGCAGCCGCUGCUGUCGCCACAGCACCUCUUACCUCUUUGCAACCGCAACCUCAGGAGCAGCAGAGCUCCAGCGGGAGUCUGGGUCUUGGAUCUCUGCACCCCCUCCCACCAGUGUUCAGCUCCAGCCUUAGCACCACCACAUUGCCUCGCUUCCACCAGGCCUUCCAGUGAGAGUGCCGGCACCUUGCGUCUUGCCCAGCAGGAACGGCCUUCGCACCAGCCUCAGCUCAGCACAGAUGUUUCGGGCUAAUCAGAAAGUUGGAAAAUUAAAAUGAAAGAACAUUUAGAAGCCUUAAAUGAAAGUGCGCACAAAAGCUUUUGAUUGAGCCUUAAAAGGAAUUUAAACCUCUUUAAGCAAAAAGGAAAAGGUGAGAAAAAAAGUUGAAGCAGCUUUUAUUUUGGGCUUUUUUUCCCCUUAUCCUGUAGUUAUACCAUGUAUUAACCCUUGUUUUUUUUUGUUGUUCUUUUUGCUUCAUUUUUUCCAUUUUCAUUUAUUUUUAUCCCCCCUUUUUAGUGUUAUAGAAAGCAGAAUCAGUGGGCCAAAAGGCAUGGUACUGCAUACUUUCUAAAGUAAUACUAUAAAAAAAUCAAAGAUAACUUUUAGAUUAUCUGUUUUGUUGUGACCCAGAAAAAAUAUAGUUUGAAGUGGAUAUUUUGUUUUACUUCUUUUUCUUUACCAAAUGUAAGAACAUGGUAGAAUGCGUCUCAUCUUGAGUUUUUGAAACACCCGUGCUUAUAGCUUCAACUGUCAGGACUGAUAUGGAGAGAAGAGAGACCCCUGAAAGGAAAACACAUAAACUUUAUGUUCUGUUCAGAGAUGGCUUACACAGAACCAUAAAAGUGACCUGGCCUCUAAAAAAAAAAAAAAAAAAAAAAAGUGCUCUUCCAACAUAAAAAAAACAACAAAAAAACAAAAUAGAAAAACCCCACAAAAAAUCCAUAACAAAACAAAAAAAAAAAACAACUGAUGUGCUCCUAGAGUCAGCUCAGUUAAAAACAGACUCUAAUCAUAGAUAAGAGAUCUGUUGGCUGCCAAACACACAUUUUUAAAGAAAAGCUAAGAAAGAGAAAGAAAUGUGUGACACGUGUUGGCUUCAUUUGUGUUUCUCAAGAGAAGCACUUUUUUUUUUCUUAGCAGAAGGCACUUCACCUUUUGUCUCCUCCCUCCUUGUGACUAGAGGUUUUCACUGAGACAGAGAGCUCCUCGCUAGACUAGAGGAGGGCCGUCUUUCACUUAUCUUCCUUUACAAGUUUCCCUGAUAGUGAUAUAGUUGUUUGCAGCUUUUCCUAGCUGUGCCGCAUAUCUCUGAAAAAUAUCUCUAUUUUCUGAAUAUACUGCAACCACAUCUUUAGGCGGUCUUUUAAAAAGAUGCAUCAUCUUGGUAAUGAUGAACCCUGACAUAUGUGAAUGACAAAAAAAAGAGCAAAAGAGUUACAGUGACAGAUGAGGAAAAAUGUGUUGAAGAAUGUUAUUGCAGUGUACGAAAUAUCUCAAAAAAUAUUAUAAUGGCUUUUAUCUCAGUAAGGUGUAUUUUUGGUAGACGUAUUACAACUAAAUGAUGAUGUUUUUGAUGUCUGGCAAGUUUACAUGUGUGUGUAUCUUACAAUUUUGAUCAAACAAAUGGAUGAAGUAUUAGCCUUUUCCCUUAAGCUUUCUCUGUCAUAUCCAGUCUUUACCUUUACAUGUACUUGAGUUAGUUUAGAGGAAUCGAAACUAUGGAUGGGAAAUAUAUAUAGAACGCUGUUAGUAAUUUAGUAACAACCUAGGAUUUGAACAAUGUAGGGAUGCUGAUAUUGAAGACCUAUGAAGCUACGUGUAUAUAGUAGAAUAUAUACUCACCGGCAACUCAAAUUACAUACACCCUGCUGGCAUUGGGUUGGACCCCCCUUUGUCUUCAGAACUGCCUUAAUUCGUUGCACAGACGCCACCAGGUACUGGAAACAUUUCUCAGAGAUUUUUGGCAUGACAUUGUUGUAAACUUGCUGCAGAUUGGUUGGCUGCACAUCCACGAACCUCCCAUUCCAAAACAUCCCAAAGGUGCUUUGUGACAUGACACAUUAUCCUGGUGAAAGCAGCCUUUAGAAGAUGGACUUGUUAAGAGAUGCUCUUCUGCAUACCUUGAUUGUAACAAGUGGAAGAAUUCACCUUUCUUCCCCAUUCUGAUGCUUGGUUUGAUAGACUGUUUUGACCAUGCCUAUGUGCCUGAAUGCACAAGUUUCUGAUUGGCUGAUUAGAUAUUUGUGUUAACAAGCAGAUGUAUCUGAGAAACUAGCCGGUGAGUGUGUAUCUCACUGUAUACAUACAUUUAUAAUGGGGUGUAACAACUCUGUGACCAAGACCAAAAUUGCAAUACAAAUAUCAGUAUUGCAUCUUGGCUCAGUCUUCCCAUGCUGUGAUACCCAUGAGGAGCUGUUAAUGCCUAGUUAAAGCAAUGCAUAGUUACAGUAACAAAAGCUGUAAUGUUUUAAAGGUUGUUUAGAAUAAUAGAAUGAAAUCUUUGUUCAUGAUCCAAUCAUGAUAAAGUUAAUAGGCCUGUGUUAAAAAAUGUUUUCUUUUUUGUUUUUCAUCCCCUGAAAAAAAGGAACUGAGGCCAAAAAACUGACGUUUGAACUAAACUGUGGUCUCAAAGAAUUGUUACACCCCUAGCAAAACUGCUCUGCUGUGAUAAAAUCUUCAGUCCAAGAUCAGUUAUCUUGGAUGUCUUGAAGUUCUAACCAUUCAUUACUAGUCCUUAAAAACCCAAAGCCCAAAGGUAACCUAAACCUUAAAGUCAUAUAGGUGCUCAUUAUCUUUCCAUUUAAUUUAACCUGUAGUCAUUCCCUUUAAUGUAAUUAUUGUGCCUUGAUGGGUCAUGCUAACUCUGCACUCUGUCCCUCUUUUGUAGAGAUUCUAGAAAUGGUGAGAGUUUGGGAAAAAGUUUUUGCACACUUGUAGCCUAAAAAACCCCCCCUCUGAGGUCUAAGCUGACCCCAAACCUAACCCCUAACAUUAACCCUAACCGGAGACAAAGAAAAAUACUUUAAAAAAAAGUUAGUGGCUUUUGAUGUAUGUCAGUUAGAAUCAACAGAAUUAAAAGUUGAAUUUUCUGAUAGCACUGAGUCAUCAGUAUUUAUGAUUUAGUCCUAGGAGGGGUGACUUACACAUGUGCAGUAAUUAAGCACUUCUAUCAUCCGUACUUACCUCAUACGUCACACAGCCACAGGAACACUAGUGUUAUUGACAUUUGAACAACAACCAUAAACUGGGAGUCAGUCAGAGUGGCCUGUUGCUAGCUAAACUUUUACAAAGACUGAAAACCACAUUACACAAUCAGAAAAACAAUUAAAAAAUGUCUGAUUUAAUGAUGCAAAGUUAUAUUUUGUACUUGCCAUUGUAGCAAGAGUCAGAAGUUCAUUGCUAACAUGACCCAUACAGCAAUAACGACCACAUCAAUGGGAAAUACAGGUUUAGAUCAACUGGAAUUAUUCUUAAUCUUCUCAUCGGUGACGAUGCCCAACCUUAAUACUGAACCCUAACACUAUAUUUUGGUGAAUUUUUUUUUUUUUUUUGCAAAAAAUGUAAAUAGUCUUUGAUGUGUUUCAGUUAGCAUGAUUAUUUCUUUCUCCUCUUGAUUUGCAAGACUUGGCAGAACAUUUUCUUUUAAAUGUUAGAUUUCCUUUAGCAUAGGGUUAGGGUUAGGGUUAGUGUCGUCACCGGUAACAACCUCAUAAGGUUAAAUGAUCUUUCUGUGGCCUGACCAACACUGACAAAUAUGCAUGUUCAUAUCUUUGCUAGUUUAUUUUAUUGGUGAAUCUCAUUUCAGCGAAAGAGCACCUGGUAACUCUGCCUUUUUAGCAGUCACUGUGCUACAUGGGAACCCAAACAUAAAGUAAAAACACAGAAAAAAAAGGAAAAACAUAGCACAUAAAAAAUGGAAAGUCAAACACAUAUUGCUGCUUUUAGCUACGGUUGCAGAUGGAUGACAACUGUAGACCACUAGAACAUUUCAUUUUUUUUUCUAUCUGCAAGAUGGACAGCCAGCUGAAAACGUGCACGAAACAAACCGACAAAGUGUUCAUCGGCCCCAGUACCACUCCCUCUGUACUCCUUCCUUUCCUCCUCCUCUUUCAGCUGCUUCGUAGAGUCAAAGGAAAAGGGUCUGAAAAUAUAGUGAUCUAUCUGGAGGAAGGCAGUCACCGAACCUCUGUGCUUUGACAUUCAAAGCAAGAGGGCGGACACGUGUUUGACUGCAGGACUCGAGGUAUCGCUUAUACUCAUAUAUUUGUUUUGUUUUUUGUCAUUUGAUAUAUUAUUUUCUGUUUGUAUAAAACAGGACCUCGAAAAAAAACAACACAACACAUCACCUCAUUUUUAUGUUUUUGUUUUUUUUGUUUUACCAAAACCUCGGGAGAAGAAACUAUGUUUUUGCACAAUUGCUUGUUGAAGAAUGCUACAAGUGCUUUUCGUUUAAUACUGUAGGACAUAAAAGCCCAACAAUGAGCAGCUGAUGGACCCUGUUAUUUACACAGGUGGAGGGGUUCAAGGUCCAGCAACUUUACUGCCUUCGGGUGGAAACACAUUGGUCAAGCGUUAAAGUUGCGUACUUUAUUGCUUCAACCUCUUUAGACUUUUGCUCUUCUCCGUGCACCUUGGUAAGUAGGUAAAAUUGUGCCAGAAACCUCUACUCUGUAGUUUCUAUUUACACAGGUUAAUCCUGACCCCUCCUUUCAGAAGGUAUAAGAAGCUGAAAAAUUUGGAAUCACUGCAAUGUGUAGAAAAGCGUCCCCGCACAGUCUGACUGUUUAACUUCAUCCCUAAAAAUGGUCUUUGUAUAAUCCAAAUUUCAAACUAAAUUGGAGCAGGUUUUACACUUAAUUAGAAUCCCAUUGGAAAGUCAUUUUUUGAUAAUGAUGAUGAUGGCUCUUGCAAAAUGAUCAGACGUCUGAUCCUAAAUUCAUUAGCUGUCAGCAUCUUUCUGAGAAUUUAUCAUAUUAAAGAAAAGGUAAAACUGGUCUUUAUUAUGAUCUCAAAAAAGGUGGUUUUAUAAGAACCCUUUUGGGUUAAGCCAAACUUGUAGCAAUCAAAUUGAGCAUUUAUAUAUUUUUGUAACAAAUAGUCAUUUAGUCUUGAAAAAGCUUUUGGCAUGCUUUUAGUUUGUCCUCCCUGGGUUUCUGUGAGCUAAUCUGAAUUCUAGCACUUUCAACCUUUAAAAAAAAAAGAGUAUUUUUUUCUUUAAGAUUUUCAGCUUAUGUGUUCAUAUGUUUUUAAUUUUGUAUUGAUCCUGUAUAUGUAUGUGCCAUUAGUUUGAUGUGUAGACUUUAUCAACUUGUUUAUUUCUCUUUUCCAAAAGGAUAACAGUAUUUUUGAUAUACCUUUCACUAAUAUCCUUCUACAUAAAAGACCUCUGCCCUUUUUACUUUUUUGUUCGUUUUGGGUUACCAGCUUUGCCUUCUCUCACAUGAUUUUUAAUCAAACUCUACAGCCAAGUGUUUGAAGACAACAACCACAAACCAACCACAGCCUGCCACUGAAAGCCUGUUGUAAGAGACCUGCCAUUUUAGACCAUGUAACCAAACAAAAGUAAAGUCCAGAGCGACCCCACAACAUAGAUUUUAAAGCUUACCAUUGUGGUCACAGGACUGGUUGUCUCUGCCAAAAGGAACAACUUUGUGAGCAGCAGUGAAGUUGACUCUCAAAAAUGGAUUUAAAUUAAUGUUACUAAACUUAGUUUCAAGCACCUGGAAAGAAUAAUUGUUUCUUUUUAGAUAUUUUAAGCAAACUGGACAUGUGGUGAGGGCUUACUUGUAGCUGUUAAAAUUCCGAUUUCAUGCCUAUCUUACCACCUGAUUUGUACGGAAGCUCAUUUGUGCCAAGAAGUGAACUAAUAAUAAAAAUAAUUCUAAUAAUAAUAAUACAGGCAGUUAGUCAAGUGAAAAUAAGAUAUUAUACUAAGUGUGAUAAAGUGAGAUAGCUAUUAAAAUACUAUUAAAAUCAUUCCAUCAUCAUUCCACACAGGAAUGUUACAAAGUUCCAGGAUCUGGUCUGUAACAGACCUACACAUUCAGCAGGACAAGCUGCAGAAACAAAUAUGAUUUAACAUCCAUAAAUAUGUGUAGAGAACUUGUGUGUGAAUAAUCAAAUAUUUAACUGUUUUUCAGUGUCACUUACGUUUAGUGAUAGUAGGGUGGGGUUUAGUGAUGGUACAUUUGUGGGUAAUGUGCAAACAGGACCUGAAAAUGGCUAAAGACAAAGCAUAGCCUAACAGACCUACCUAUCCAUUGUUUCCAUUUUUGUACUGGUUUCCAAAGUAGAUCUGUAUGUUGGUGUUAAUGUGGUCAUUUCAUCUUGAUUUAAUAACCCCCCUGGAAAUUACGCCCCUGUUACUAUAAGAUCUCAUAGUACUAUGGACAAUGAGAUCUGUAACUUCAAAUUAUACGAAAGAUUACUAAAUAACAUCUCUACUUUUUUUCAGUGCAAUACAUUUCUCUACUUUUAAGUAUUUUGACAUGCUAAUAAUUUGUUACUUAAAUGUAAUUGUAAAUGUAAAUUUAAUCUUAGUAAUUUAAAAAAAGCACAAAAAUAAUACAUCUGCUAAAAUGAGUUUUGUUUCGGGCUCUAUGAACUGCUUGAUCAUCAUUUAUCAUUAUUUACGUAAAGUGAAAAGUAUAAAAGUUUUGACUAACGUUUCCUAAUUUAGACUGUAAUAACACAACUACAAGGGGAUUUUUAAUUAAAACAAUAUUUCAUAAUUUCAAUUUACAAUUGUUUUUUUGGCAGAAAUGAGCUUCUGUAAUUUGAGCUGAUGUCCAUAUCAUAUCAGUCCUAUUCUGAAACAAUUGCAGUGUUGUUCUGCUACUCUGCUUGGUUGUAGCUCCAUUACCUCGACCUGCACCUACUAGGGAUGCACUUAUUCUCACCUUUUCUUCUUAACUAGUAGGUGCAGCACACACACAUUUUAAGGGAAUUUAUAUAUCAGUUUAAAUCUGAGAAAACUUAUUAGAUUUUUAAUGAGGCUCUCUCUUUGUUGCCCUCUCUUUUGUUUCGCUGUUAAUGAGAAACUGGGUACUGUCUGAUGCAGGCAACAUCCACAAGUAGUUUUAUAUAUUUCUAGCUUAAUGGAAGUCUUGCAUUCCAACCUCUUUGUGUAUCUUGUUUAGUGACAUAGCCCAUUUUAUUUUUAUCACUUGCUAUUACAGCCACCUCUGAAAUAACCAAGAUUUUUUUUUAAAAGAAGAAGGUGAAAAUAGAGUUUUUGCAUCCACGUACACUAUAUUAUAUAGCAUCAACUACAGGGAGAGUUCUAUUAAUGAUGUGCUUUGGAUAAGACAGACAAUGCGAGGUCUUGCUUUUUUUUUGUUACAUAUCUCACAUGCAAUCAGUUGCUGCAAUGUUAAAGUGACAGAUUUGUAUAUUGGUUGAUCCAAAGAGAUGAUGAACACAACAACAGAACUAUUGACUUAUUGUACAGUACAGUCUAUCUUUGAGUUGUCAUGUGUUAUGUUGAAAUGAUUAAAAGAAA